AUGGACGAUAUAGAAAAAAGGUUAAAAGGAUUUGAGAAAGGAGUAGACAAUCUUAUUAAAAAAAAAUUAAAGACAUCGGAAAAAAAAACAAUAUUAAUAGAUCCUCCACAAACAAAAAAACGAAAGAAAGGAAAACCUGAAUUCACAAAAGACCAAGAUGGAUAUGUACAGGUAUACACGGAUGGGGCUUGCUCAUCAAAUGGUAAAAAUGGGGCCCGUGCUGGUAUAGGUGUUUAUUGGGCAGAUGACCAUCCGCUCAAUGUUAGUGAACCAGUCAUAGGACGUGCCACAAAUAACUGUGGAGAAAUUCAAGCAGCAACCUGUGCCAUAAAGCUUGCCUUACAAAAUGAUAUAAAAAAGUUGGCCAUUAACACUGAUUCCCAAUUUCUCAUCAACUCUGUCACUAAAUGGAUGCCUGGUUGGAAACGAAAAGGCUGGAAGUUGAAAUCUGGUGAACCUGUUAAGAAUGAGAGGGACUUUAAAGAUUUAGACAACUUUCAAAAUCAGUUGCAAAUUAAAUGGAACUAUGUUGAAGCACACAGGGGAGUCCAUGGCAAUGAAAUGGCAGACCAACUGGCAAAAGCAGGUGCAGCUAGAUACAUAAAA